AUGUCCAGCCUUUCGCUGAUUGACUCCGUCAUUGACGACGACGAUGAGUUCUGCCCCCUGUGCAUUGAAGAGUUCGACCUUUCCGAUAAGAACUUCAAACCCUGCCCAUGUGGCUACCAGAUAUGUCAAUUUUGCUACAACAACAUCAAAACCCAAAACGAAGAGGGCAGAUGUCCUAACUGUCGACGUGGAUAUGAUGAAAGUACAAUUCAGUACAAGAUUCCAGACGCCGAAGAGUUCAAGGCAGAUUUGGCAUUGAAGCACCGCAAAGCAGCUGCAGCGAAGAAAAAGGAAGCCGAACGCCGGGAAAUCGAGGCCUCCAGUCGGAAAAACUUAGCUGGUGUGCGUGUGGUCCAAAAGAACUUGGUAUACGUUAUCGGCUUGAAUCCUACGAUCCGGGACGAAAAUCAACUUCUCCAGACGCUUCGUGGACGGGAAUACUUUGGUCAAUAUGGCGAGAUCGAGAAGAUUGUGGUCAGCAAGGCUAAGCCCGGUGGCAACCCCAACCAGGGAAUUGGUGUUUACGUGACCUUCUCCCGCAAACUCGAUGCAGCGACGUGCAUCGGGGCCGUGGAUGGCUCUGGGAACGGUGAUCGUGUCCUUCGAGCGCAAUACGGAACCACCAAAUAUUGCUCGUCCUUCCUGCGCAACGAGCCGUGCAACAAUCGCAAUUGCACGUUCCUUCACGAGACUGGAGAAGACAGUGAUAGCUACAGUCGCCAGGACCUUUCUUCUAUGAACACGAUAUCGACCCCCCCGCCAAAGCCUUCCACCCACUCCUUCCCACGUGCGGACUGUGCAGCCGAUAUCCCAUCCCAUGCGCCGGCAACCGACUGGGCUAACAAGGAUGCUGCGAUCCAGCGAACCAGAAGGGCUAGUCUCACUGGAAGCCAAGCGUCUAACAGCCCUCGUCCUGCCAGCGUCAACGUCUCGACACCAGUUGAGGAACCAAAACGUGCGGACAAACCUUCCCCAACCCCAUAUGAAGCCCACCAGUCGCCCGCCCCAAUCGAAUCUCGAUCUCAAUCGCCAGCACCUGCCCCUGCCCCUACCCCUGCUCCGCAGUCACGAACUCGCCGUACACCUCCACGACCGAACCGACCAACCCCCUUCGAUGAGCUUUUGAGAGACAUAACAUCUCCAGAAUUCAGGUUCACUUUCAGCACAGCUGAACUUACCCCCGAAGAGGUCAAAUUGAUCAAAGAUUACCCGUCUUUCAUCGAUCCAUUCGGCGGUGUUAAGCGCCGAGCGAUGCGCGAGAAGGUGGAGCAAGAGCGUUUCAGCCGUGAGCAUGAGUUGUUACGGAAUGUCGCAGCUGAGGAGGAUAGCCGAGAAGCUGGUAGCCUUCAAUUAGGUGGUGAGCCGGAGGAUGCGAAUAUCCCACGCAGUCGGCAGUCGCGCGAAUCUCAUGGUGCCAUCCAGCCCCCUUCACAGCACGAUACUGCCGAGAACUCAACUGUUGGUUCCCCUGUAUCUGCAACGAGCCAUCAGUUCCAAGGAUUGAAUCUUGCUGGUCGAAGCUUGACCCCUUUGCAGCAACAGCAACUGAUGCUACUCAAGUCCGCCGGCAAUCAACAAGCUGGGCUAGCUGACCCACUCAGCUCUGCCGCCUUGGACCAGGCAGCCCAAGUACGCCAGGGACUGAUUCAAAACCAGAUGGCACAAUUCAAUGCUGCGCAAGCAGCACAAAAUCGACAGUCCUCGCGCUUCUCUUUCAACGAGGGUGGAUCGAAGAACAUGCCCAAUGCUCGAAUUUUGGGCCAGAUGCAGUCAGCAUCUCCCAAUCCACUUUCGGCACCCAGCCCUCAGCACAGCCUUGCAAGUGGUUUCUAUUCUAGUGGUGUCCAGGGCCCCCCACCGGGCUUGAAGACUGCCGGCACUCCCCCAAUCAGCGGCGGUGGAAUGUUUGCCCAGGGUCACGGGUUCACAUCAGGCAUCAGCGGCGGUGGAGGGAAGCAGGAUGCAACCCCGGAGUUGAUGCGAGAGCUACUGCGUGGACGAACUGGUACGAAUGUUGGUAAUGGAGUUGGCGGUCUACAGGGCCAGGAGGCGGCUAAGCGUGAGUUCAUGUUCCCUUUUCUUCAACAGCACAAUACCCCACCCCCCAUGACUCCUGCCAACGGCCUUCUCGGCUCUUUCUACGGGUCCCAGACAGGCGUAAUGCCUGAUUCUGGUGGUCAGCAGAAACAGAAGAAGAAGGGAAGGAAGCAGAGACACGCUAACACUUCCUCCGGUGGAGGUGGUGUAGUAGAUCUUGCGGACCCGAGCAUUUUGCAAGCGAGAAUGCACCAGGUCGGUGCCAAUGCUAGUGCUGGGCAAUCGUUGUACGGGAGUCAGGGUCAAGUCGGUGUGGACUUUCCUCCACUCGGGGACCAUGACCUUCGCACCGUUGAUAGUUUCGGAUUCUUGAAAUCACAGCUGCCAACCGAAUCAGCGGCUCGCGCAGACACUCCGAGCCUGCCACCUGGACUGCCAUUACCCCUCGUUCAUCCAUCUUCGUCCUUCCAGGACCAACUUAACUCCUCUCAACCUCCUACCAAGCUCGGGGAAGAUGUCCAGUCUCGUCCACUCACACCUGAGUUGACAGUCGGUGGCCCAUUGACAUCAAGCCGUGUUAAAGAUGCCUCUCAGGUCUCGUUAGGGUCUCCCGUGCAAAAAACUGCAAACAAAGCCCGUAAUCAGCGCAAGAGUGACUUUACCAUCACCACCGAUUUGAAGGGACCUGCCCCUCAGGCUAUGAUCCAGCCGCAGCCAAGUCCUCACGCUGCUAAGGGUGGUGCAUUGGCUUUCAGUGCAGCUUUGACUAAUUCUCCCAAGUUUGCGCAAGCUCCUGUCUCUGCCCCAACUCCUGCAAGUGCAUCUCGGCCAGACACCCCACAGACCAUUGCAUCUCGGUUGUCCGACUCUCCUGCUCGUCAGCAUCGUAUCCUUCGAGUCGUUGAAACCCCAAAGGUUGAAUCUCCUGUCAUCCCAACCGCGCCAUCUGUACCUGCGUCUGUCGUUGGAAGCAACAAGCCACGCCACAGGCGACAGAGCAUAUCUUCCAACAGCAUACCUGACACUCCUGCUGACGCCGGCUCUGAAGCUGAUUUCUGGCCUUCGACAUCCGUUUCGCGUGCCAAUUCUCCUCCUGCAUCUUCUCGUAUUGGCUCCGCUCCUGUCCGUUCAAUGACAAAAAGCCAAGUGAAGAAAGAGCGAAAGCAAAAGGCCAAGGAAGCCGAGGCCAAAAAGGCCGAAACUGCCCUUACGAGCGAAGAACCCGUCCAAGCACCCAUCAUGGGCCGGAAGCGCAAGACUAAGAAAGCUCCAACCCCGACUCCUGUCACGAACACGCCAAAGACCAUUCCAGACACCCCUGCACCUGCCUCCAAAGUUGUGGCAGAGCCAGCGAGUCCGGUGAAACCUGUGCCUGCUCCUACCGUCGAAGAUGAGCCGAAAGCGGAUACAUCCAAGAGAGCUGAUGUCAAUGAUGUCAAAGAUGUCAAGCCCGUCGAACAACCCUCACCUGCUCCCGUUGACGACCCAGCAAUUCCAAAUGAGGUACCCGAGGAGGCAUGGCGUACCCACAACACCAUCGGCCAGUGCAUCGCAGACGCAGAAGCCACUGGAAAGAGCAUCCAGGAUCUUGUGAUGGAACGGACCAGGCCUCUGCAUGAAAUCCUUGCUGAUAUGCACAGGGAUGGGGAAAUUGACCUGAACACUUGUGCUCUCUUCAACCCACCAAAUCCCUAUGAACGCAUUGAUAUGAAGUGCUCUUCGGAAGAUUACGAUAUCAACAGACGGCCUGUCGAGCUGACUGAAGAACAUCGUCAAAUGCUCCUUCGUGGAGAGCACAUUAUCAUCGGAGACCAGAUCAAGAACCAGGUCCUCAUCACCCCCAAUGGCACAUUACUUCGUCAUCUUUACCCCGCGGAAAUGGAAUCGGUCCUCGAAAGAGAGCGCACAGGUGUUUGCCGCGAUUACCCACUACUCAUCGAGGACUCGGCGCAGAACAUUGGCCUAGAAGCGCUCUUUGCAAACUCUGAGAGACUUCGAAUUCGCUGGGUUGACGACCUGCCCACUAAUCCGAGCGCGACAUCCCCUACAUCCUCUCCAGAAGUCGAUGAAUCCGCUCUUCCACCCAACGUGUUCUCUGCCAUGGAAGCAGACAUAACUCGCAACCAUGACUGGGCCGUGACCAACUCUGCCGAGCUACUCAAUACCACCCCUGAUGCCGUCCGCUCCUUCGCUGCCGCCACUGCUCAGCAAAUGCUUGGCAACCACAGCAUGCUCGGUACCGACCUCACUCUCGACGACCUCGCAGGCUUGACAAAUGAAGAACUAAAGGAGCACGCAGCCCGUUCCAAGAAAGAAUUGGAGCUGGCGCGUAAGGACUCCGAGUCACUGGACAAGAAGUUCAAUGCCUUGGUUCGACGAAACAGGAAGCUCCAGCACCUGGCCUUGGACUCUCUCGCCAAGCCGCAGGUGUAA